UUCAGCGGCGGCUUGCUAUCAGCGGCUCAGUGCGGACCCUGCGCGACGAAUUGACAAGCGAGAAAUCGAUCAAAACGUUUUCCAGUUCGCCCGCAGCAAUCGCGGCCCACCACGAGGUAGCGUCCGGUAUUGCUCUCAGAGAGGCCGGGGAGCUGGCGGAGCACAGCGCGCGCCGAACACGCGGAGUGACGGACACACCGCUCAUUUCGAAAAAAAACGCAGGUCUCGUCGUCGCCACGGACGGCAUCGAUGUUUGUCAUCAAAAAGAAGAGCGCAAAGAAGUCCAGCGAGGAGUGGCUCAGCGUCAAGACCAACUUCCUGUACCUCGGUGGCUAUUUUGCCUGUGUGCGCCUCGCCUACGAGGUCUGCUCGCGCCUGCGCUAAAAUGAGGCUCCCUACCCUGCUGCUCGCGGCCGCGGCGUCGGCCGACCAGUUCGACCUGCGCAAGCUCGAGAUCCAUCGGGACGGCGACCGCCUGCGCUACUCGUACGGGGACAAGGACGUGAGCCCGUGGCACGACGUGCCGUUCUGGGCCGACGCGGACCAGACCCUCGUGCACUUCGUCUGCGAGAUCCCGCGCCUGACGCGCUCCAAACUGGAAAUCCACAAGUCUGUUGAGGGCAACAAGCUCGUCCAGGACACGAAGGGCCCGCACCCGCGCUUCUACAAGUACAGCGCCGCGGUCGUGAACUACGGGGCCAUCAGCCAGACCUGGGAGGACCCGGCCGUCGCCGACGAGCACACGGGCGUCGGCGGCGACAACGACCCCAUCGACGUGCUCCAGCUCAACGCGGCGCCGUGCGCGCGCGGCGCCGUGCAGCGCGUGCGCGUGCUCGGCGCGCUGGCGCUCGUCGACGGCGGCGAGACGGACUGGAAGCUGCUCGUCGUCGACGCCGACGACAGUUCCACAAGCGCGUGGCGCACGGUCGACGACAUCCCGCGCGACCGCGUCGCCGAGGCGCGCGACUGGUACCGCCUCUACAAGACGGCCGAGGGCAAGGGCGAGAACGAGUACGGCAUGGGCGGCCGCGCCAUCGACGGCGACGAGGCGCUGCGCGUCGCCGUCGGCACGCACGACCUCUGGCGCGACUGGGUCGACGGCAAGGCCAAGUGCGACUUCGACGGCGAGGCGUGCUGGAAGUAGUCGAUGUGUAGUAGACUAACAAAAUUACGUCACCUC